AUGCGCAGACCUUCAUGGCCCGAGCAAGAUAUGGUGCCGCCUCACGAACUGCAUAUCUACCAAGCAUUUUUAUCGACUCCUGCUACCACAAUCCGCCGUGGCACCACGAGCUACUUGGCCAAGGCGGUACUUGAUCGCCUUCUACAGGGCGACUUGAAUCUUGCCGGAGUCAAUCGUCAGUCUUGUUCCGUGAUAUCUCUUGGUAUCAUGUGCAUCCAUGAUGACUAUCAGGAAUAA